AUGUGACGUGAAUAUAUUAACGAGUGGCGCGCUGGUCAAACGACGGUUAGAAACGCUCUCUUUGUUCGCCCGACAGCCGAAAGUAAAAUCGUUGAAUUUCUUACCUGAAAAUUAUCAUCUCGUCUAUUAAAAUGGGUUAGUGAUGUUAAAUAUAUUAAUCAUUUGUAAUUUAAUGUAAAUACGUUCAAGAUUCGUUCUGUAUAAGAAAUAUAUAGAAUGUAUAUAGUAUAGUAUAAGAGCUAUAUAGCUUCCCUAUAUACAGCAUAUAUUAGGCGCCAUUUUUACCCUACUUGCAUAAACAAAAUCACAGUUUCGAUUUUUUUCUAGCCUUUUUUCCACAGAGUAGUCUUACCAAAUCGUCUUAUAAGCCUAUUCCUUUUAUUUAAUUAUCUUUUUCAAUCGUUUCUUUACCAGUAAAAUACUUUUUUUCCAUUUUAACUAUUGUAUAUACUUAAAAAUACGCGCCAUUUUUUCAAGCGACGCUCUCGACCUAAUGACCUCUUUUUUUCUAUUCAAUCUUCUAACUAAUCUAAUUCUUACCUUUAGAUUUUCUAAUUUGGUUUUGAUUUGAAAUAGAUUUAAUAUGACAAAUACAAUUCGACGCCUUUUUUUUUAAAACAAGUUAACCGUCUCUUUUUUCUUGUUGACGGUUAAUAAAACAGCACCCGGUUUUUAUUAUUACUGUUGUUAUCAUCAAGAUUUACGACCGUAGUUGCUGCCGUUACUUUUAGACAAAAAAGUAAUCAACGCUUCCUCCUCUUGUUUCACAAGCGUCAUUUUACAAAUCUUUCGCCGCAGCCCACCCCCAUCCCCUCCCUCUAUCCUCUACUUUCUUGUUAUAUAAAAAAAAUACCUAUGUUACCUAACCGACUUCAUUUUUCUUCCAUAGGACGACCUAAAGGAGCUGGAAGAACGGCGAGAGAAAAAGACCCAAACAAACCGAAGAGGCCUACCUCGGCUUACUUUUAUUUCGCCCAAUAUAAACGCGAAGAAUUAGCUAGACAAGGAAAGAGUAUUACGCGUGUUGCCGAUUUUACAAAGGAAGUUUCAGCUGAAUGGAAGACUCUGUCGACAGCGGCAAGGAAACCUUUUGAGGACAAAGCGAAAAUCGAUAAGGAGCGAUACAGCAGCGAAAUGUCCAAUUAUAAAGGAAGGAAAACGACGAAAGAUCCCAGUAAACCGAAGCGACCUUGUUCCGCCUACUUUAUCUUUUUAGCCGAAUUUAGAGUUGAAAACAAGUCGAAAUAUUCCGAGCAUAAGGACUUAAUCAAGGCUGCUGGAGCAGCUUGGCAAGACAUGUCCGACGUUGAGAAGAAACCCUAUGAGAAGAAGGCUGAGGAAGAGAAAAAAAAGUACAACGAAGCUAUGGCCACCUACAAUAAGGGAGCCGCAGCUGGACCAUCAGCAAAGAAAGCUAAAACCGAUAAUUCUAACGGCCGAGUGGAGGAAGACGAUGAUGAUGAUGAUGAUUUGGAUGAUGAGGAAGAUGAUGAUUAGAUACCUUGUUUUUUCUUUUUGUAUAAGAAGUAUAUAAAGUUUCAAAAUGUAUAAAACUAUAUAGUAGACUUGUACGAGUUAGUAUUGUUAUACAGUAUACUUAUGUAUAUGUAUACGCAUAUAUAUAUACAGUAUACAUGGUUCACAUGAUGAAUUCUAUAUAUACUGUAUAUACUGUAUAUAUAUAUUUAUAUAUAUGUAUUUGUACAGUAUAUACAUUUAUAAUUAUUUGUAUAAAUAUAUAUUUAUAUAUAGAUAUAUGUGUGUAUGUAUAUAUAUAUAUAUACUUAUAUCCAUA